AGAGUGAGCGCACGGGCUACAUUAACUGCACAUCGGCCAUAUAAUCCCACAAAGUUUUGGAUUAUAUGAUGUAAUGGGAGGUGUGGUGUUAUUAUUAUUAUUAAUCUGGUCCGAUUAAUCUCAUUGGACUACACAUCUCAUGGGAUUAUACAUCCCUUCAUUGUUAAUCGCGUGAAACAAACAGACCCCUAUAGCUUUACCAACGGCAUUUCCAUUCCCAAUCUCUUAAGCUUUUCAUUCACUGUUCUUGUCUUCUAUAUAAAGCAAGCCUCAAUAGUCCCCAAAACUCCCAUCUUGCGGCAAUGGACACAACUAAGUAUUUCCUGGUAGUUCUGACCUGCUUGGCUUUGGUUCUUAGACACGGUGAGAGUUUCGAUUUCCACGAAAAGGAACUGGAAACAGAAGAGAGGUUGUGGGAUUUAUACGAGCGGUGGAGGAGCCACCACACGGUGUCCAACAGCCUCGACGAGAAGCACAGGCGGUUCAACGUGUUCAAGCACAAUGUUCAACAUGUUCACAACUUCAACAAGGAGGAUAAGCCUUACAAGUUGAAGCUAAACAAGUUCGCAGACAUGACUAGCCAUGAGUUCCAAAGCGCUUACGCUGGCUCAAAGAUCAAGCACCACCGGAUGCUUCGAGGGAGCCCUCUUGGUAACGGGAGUUUCAUGUACGAAAAGGUCGAUAAAGUUCCUCCAUCCGUGGAUUGGAGGAAGAAAGGUGCAGUCACUGCGGUCAAGAACCAAGGACAUUGUGGUAGUUGCUGGGCGUUUUCGACGGUCGUGGGUGUUGAAGGAAUAAACCAAAUCAGAACAAAGAAAUUAGUUUCUCUGUCUGAGCAGGAACUGGUAGACUGUGACGACUCAGAAAAUAAAGGUUGUAAUGGAGGGCUAAUGGAGGCAGCUUUGGAGUUCAUCAAGCAAAAGGGAGGAGUAACGAGUGAAGAGAACUACCCUUACAACGCAAAAGAUGGAACUUGUGAUGCUAUAAAGGAAAACUAUCCAGUGGUGUCAAUCGAUGGGCAUGAGAAUGUUCCUGCUAACGACGAGGAUGCCCUGCUGAAAGCAGUUGCCAACCAACCCGUCUCGGUCGGCAUAGACGCUGGGGGUUCCCAUUUCCAGUUCUAUUCAGAGGGAGUGUUUACUGGAGAUUGUGGCACGGAGAUAAAUCAUGGAGUGGCGAUUGUUGGCUAUGGAACGACCCUUGACGGAACCAAAUACUGGAUAGUGAAGAAUUCAUGGGGACCCGAAUGGGGAGAGAAGGGAUACAUUCGAAUGCUGCGAGGCAGCUCCGCUAAGGAGGGCCACUGUGGUAUAGCGACGUUGGCUUCCUAUCCAGUGAAGUCCUCCUCCGUCAACCCUAAAGGACCUACAUCGUCCCUCAAGGAUGAACUCUGAGCAUUUGAAUCACAUUUAGGCUAUAGCUUUGGUUCUUGACUCAGCUGUUAGUAUUCUCUAUUAAUGUUGUAUUCCCCACAUAAACCUAUAAUACUUGUCUCCAACAUUUGAUGCUUGUGUAAUUUCACAUCUGUUCAUAUUUGUAUGUGGAUCUCAUCAUGAAUUAAAUCGUUCUUAAUUUCCUCACUAGCAUAAGUUUUAGUACACAAAUUUCAUAUUUCCAUCUACAUACUCUCACCAUGGUAGAAACAAUGAAGAAACAGUAUAAUCUGACAUUUAUUUCACUUAAACAUUCACAACAACAGUGACACCAACACUGAUAUGGCCACGGUAGAACAGCAUAAACCAUGGCACUUAAUUAGUUAUUUUACUUGAAUGAAUAUGCCCAUAGUUAUAUUCUCACAACAUAGUUUAUGAACCAGUAAAUACCAAAAUGCCCGGCAAUAAGUAGAUCAACCAAGUUGGGAACUUUUCAAAGCACAUACUUCGUCAACCAUAGCAGCGAAUUGGGUCAUUGCAGCCCUUUGCAGCUGACUGUUUCGAGCCUUGACCUCCACCUUUCUCC